AGCCACCUCCUGAGCUUGUCCCUCUCAAGCUGGACACGGCGAAGUUCAGGGAGUCCCAGGUGUACCAGAUUGACAAGAGGCUCUUCGGAUUUGUGAGGGACAACGUUAGCUUUUUGUGGGACAAGCUGGGGCUCUUCGUCGUCGCCCCCGUCCUCUGGCAGGUGUCCGUCGGCUGGUUCGGCAAGGACGCCGAGUAUAAGGUGACGUUGUGCUGGCUUUUCCUGCAGCAGUGGGCGGACAAGCCGGUGAACAUCCCCAUGCAGUUGUAUUCGAAUUUUGUCAUCGAGGAGCGGCAUGGCUUCAACAAGAUGACGAUUGCGUUGUUUUUUCAAGAUCUGGUCAAGAGCGAGCUGCUGACAUACUUCUUUGGCGGGCUGCUCAUCCCGGCGCUGAUCUGGAUAGUGAGGUAUUUCGGCGAGAAUUUCUACAUCUACCUCUGGCUCUUCUGCCAGUUCCUCAUUCUCGCGAUGAUGUUCAUAUACCCCAACGUGAUCCAACCUAUGUUCAACAAGUUCGAGCCGCUGAAGGACGAGGAGCUGAGGAAGAAGAUCGAGGAUCUGGCCUCUCAGGUGAACUUCCCGCUCACCAAGCUGUUUCAGAUCGACGGCUCCAAGCGGUCGGGCCACAGCAACGCCUACUUCUUCGGCUUCUGGAGGU